AUGGAUAUGGACGACGAUGACGCUUUCUUGUACGGGGACGAAUCACCUCCAAAACCUCAGCAGGUAGCACUACCACCCACCACCACUGUCAACACACACGAAAAAGCGACCGUACCUCCUCCUUUGCAAGCUACCACCUCGACCUCGACAUCUGCCCCGAUACCGGCGAAUGGUAUAAGUUCUUCUAUGGCAGCGUCACUAGCGGCGUAUGGAAUGGACACAAGUGCUACGGUUGUCGAUAAUCCCGAAGAUGGGGGUGUAGAAGAGGAGGAGGACGAAGAGGAAGAUGAUGAGGAUGACGAUUCGGACGAUUCGGAUGAUGAUAUAAAGGUUGUUUUCACCGGGCAGAAUGCCAGGACAUUGGACCUGAGAAAACCCCAGACAGCUCCUUCAAAUGUUAUAGGUAUAGGUAAAUGGGCGCAUACAAGUACUGGCACGACUGCUCCUGCGGCUGCUACCCCUACUCCUGCACCUGGUACACCUCAGGUAUCUACACCUUCUCGACCCGUUCAACCCACUGCCAAUCAAACUACAGAAUAUACGCCCACAUCUCGACCAGGCGUAGCCCAAGCCCAAUCUUCAACGGCAGGUCCACUUGUAAACCCACCAAUAUCAUCUACCCCUUCCGACCCAUCCAUCACAGUCCAACCACCCUCUUCAUCUGUAGACGGAAUCAGUGGCGUACCACCGCUCAAUCCCGGUCAACCACCCUCUACACUCCCACCCGUAUCUUCAUCACAAUUCAUAAGCAAGACCAAGAUCGAUCCUUCCAAUCCUACUGGGAUCAUCCCCUCGACAGGUCAGAGCGUCUUCGAAAUUGAUAUGACCCAAUUCGAAAAUUCAGGUCAACCUUGGAGAAAACCCGGUGCUACUUUGUCGGAUUACUUUAAUUUUGGGUUUGACGAGUUUACGUAUCCUAGGUAUUUGAGGUAUAAGAGUGACAUGGAGAAAGGAAGGGCGGCUUUGGCAAACUUACCACCGAUGGCCCAACUUCCACCUGACAUAGCCAGCCUCUUACACAUCCCUAAUCAGAACAUACCGUUCAACGCCAUAGCAGCGGCUCAACAACAACAACAGCAACAAGCACAACAGCAACAACAGCAGCAGCAGCAAAUGCAACUAAUGGCAAACCAGAUACAACAGCAAAUGGGAAUGAUGAAUCCGCAAAUGCAAGCUCAGAUGCAACAGAUGAUGGCUAUGCAAGGUUUAGAUAUGAAUAUGAUGAAUAUGAAUCAAGGUGGAGGAGGUAUGCCUUUUGGUAUGGGGAUGCAACCUCAACAAGGAAUGGGUCAACAACAACCACAGCAACAACAAUCACAGCAACAACAACCCAUGACAAGACCUGGUCAAAAUGGUAGACCUCCUGGGAUGACAACGACCUCUCAAUCUGGGAGUAUGGGAACGCCGGAAGCUGGAGAGGAAGUGAAGUUGGAAGAAGGUGUGGAGACCGGCUUUGAAACUCCUGAUGCCCAAGUACAAGGUCAGAUGAUCAACCCCGCCAUGAGAGGACGAAUGCCAGUGAGGGGUGUGCCAGUCCGAGGAGUACCGUUGAGAGGACGUGGAGGAGCUGUACCUCUCGGUCCUCGAGCUGGAUUCGCCGCGCCCACUGGACCUAAAGCAGGACGAUUCAGGGAUAAAGACAAGGUUGACACGUCUGGAGCUGGAUCAUUAGAUUACGGAGGAAGUGAAGGUCUAGGUGGCGAUUCAGAUGCGGUCAAAUCUGAGACGCGGGGAGAUGAUCAAGGUGAUUCGAACUCACAUUCCCAUUCGAGGAGUCAAUCUCGAUCGCAUUCUCGGGCGCAAUCUAGAGAUAGAUCGGCGAGUCCACCUAGUGGGAGAAGGAGAUCGUCUAAACGGGAUUAUCAUGAUUAUGAUGAUGAUUAUUCUUCCGAAGAUAGAGACAGAGACAGAGACAGAGACAGAGAUAGGGAUAGGGAGAAGAGGAGAUCAUCGAGAAGAAGCAAGAAUGAAGAUUCGAAUUCUGGCUCGUCGAGAUCGAAGAGGAAACGAGAGGAAGGAGGGGGAUCGGCAACGCUUGGUCCCGGGGGUUGGGAGUCGGAAGAUGAAGAAGAUGAGAGGAGGUCAAGACGAAAAAGAUCAUCUAGUGAGGAGAGUACGGAGAAACGUACGAGGAGAAGUAAGAGGAGGUGA